UGCCCGGACGCGGGCGGAGGCGAUGCGCGCGGGCUAAGCAUGAACUGCGGCGACGGAGGCAAGGAGAUGGAGGUGGCUGCGACUCACUUUGGCUUCUGCCCGAACCUUUUGGAGCACACUGUAUCGGCCGAGAAUCUCAGUUACCGCCUGCAGAGGAAUUCAGGCGGCAAUCUCACCUGGCAUGAUGGGCGAAGCCAGAGGACAGCCGGAGGGAGACCCGUCAAGCUCCUUCAGCAACCGGGGACCGAAAACUCCCAGAGCCGGACUUAUGAGCACUAUGGAAUCUACCACACCAGUCCUACCUUAGGGAGUCUUACCAAGCCGGUGGUGCUAUGGACCCAGCAGGAUGUGUGUAAAUGGCUGAAGAAGCACUGCCCGCACAAUUAUCUCAUCUACGUGGAGGCUUUCUCACACCACGCUAUCACAGGCCGGGCCCUCUUGCGGUUGAACGGGGAGAAGCUGCAGCGCAUGGGGAUUAUCCAGGAGUCUCAGCGACAGGAAGUGCUUCAACAGGUGCUGCAGCUUCAGGUGCGGGAGGAAGUCCGCAACUUACAGCUUCUCAGCCAAGAGGCCAGCUCUCCUCUGGUGGAGAAACCCCGACCCGCCAAAGCACCAUCCUCAGGACUAAUCAAGUACAACGUGGUGGCGUCCAACUGCAGCGUGAAAUUUUCCCCUUGAGCGAAUGUUGGCUUGCCGGAAGAGUCUUCUCGUCUGACGUCCUGCUGGAAGGACUUAACCAAAACUUGGCCAAGCAAACCCAGUUUGCAAAGAGCCCACGACUUGCGUCGUAUCUCCGAUCUUCUGAGCUGGGGCAGAGAAUCGCUUUUUCCAAGCUGGCCAAGGAGUGGAUCCCAACAGUCAAAGAGAUGACAGAGCCCCUUGGCAAAGGGGCCCUGGGUUCAAAACCAGCUUUUGCGGCAGACGAGUGCAAUUGGGUGAGCAAGUUCCAGCCUGGACCUCCUUCUCUAACUGGAGCAAAACAGACCUGAGCUCCGAAGUUGUUUUAAAAUGGCCAGUUGGCGAUUUGGACCACGAUA